UCAAGCGCCACCCCAAAAAUAUGGCGAAUUUCAGCAAGACAAGAAAUAUGGUGUGUGCAGCUCUCCCUCAGCUCAAUGAAGAAGCAAAAUGUUUUCACUUUAUUUGCAGCUUGGUACUAUCAUAAGCCGUGUGCAGUCAUAUAACUAAUUACAUAUGAAGACCAUGCCAGUUACACGAUCAGGUCUUUUUUUUUAAACCCAAAGAACAAUGAGCUUGUUCCGCUUGCCAAGCGCGCUAAUCUAAGAUUAGCGACUUCAAGAGAGAGAUUUCAGAUCUGUUUUCUCUUUCUUUAGCUUUGGUCUGUCCAGGACCUUGUCUUGAGAUUCAGGACUUGGGCUGCUUUGCUUUGUGUUUUGUCCUCAAGGUCCUAUUUCCAAAGUUGCAAAGGCAGUAAUUUCUCCCCGGUACCUUUAAAUCUUUGUGACAUCUUCUUAAAAGCGGUUUACUAUGCUAAUAAAGCUUUGUGACAUCGAGAUGAUUGCCGAAGAGUGUAUGCCAUUCACUCUGACCAAAUUUUUCCAUAAUUUGCGGCAUUUCAAGUGUAUUUAUUGAUCCUUUGGGGGUUUUUAUGAAAGCAUGUCACAGACUUUAGGACACCAGGGAACUGUUUUGAAGUGCAUAAUAUGGAAUGCACAAUAUCAGAAGUGCAAUUUACGGGGGAAAGACGGAGGACAUAUCCCCUGCACUUUUUCAGAGGGCAUUUUUUUACCAUCCAAAAACAAUGUUACACAAUAAUAAACAGAGACGCGACAAGCACUGUGACCUCGCGGAAAAUGCCAGCCAGACAACUAUUGUUAUGGAGAACCACAAAAACGUCCAAAAUUUCCAUUGACAUGCAACAAUAGGCUACAACAUGCAUGCCAGGAAGUCCACGUCCACUUCUCCUGGUCCGCAAAAGGCGGAACUAAUGUGCAUCGUGAGAGGCGAUCAGAACCAGGAAACAGUUACUACAAACAAUAAAGGGGUUCUGUGGUUGUGCAUCGUCGCAGAGUGCCUGUACAUCAUGCUCUUGGCCACCGGGGGCAUCCUCAUGUCAAUAGAAGUGUGCCAGUUUGGAAACGUCAUCGAUGGCCUCAAACUCAAUGCCUUUGCUGCCAUAUUCACCGUGCUUUCAGGCCUGCUCGGGAUGGUGGCCCACAUGAUGUUCACCACAGCCUUCCAGCUGUCUGUCAGUCUGGGCCCAGAAGACUGGAAACCUCAGACUUGGGACUACAGUUGGUCAUACAUGAGCCUGAAGGUCUCGACGGUUGACACAAGGCAGCCGGACAACGUGAGGAUCAGCUGCGGCGAAGGAGGCCUCCUGAAGUCCACGAUCAUCUCUACAGUCUUGAGCGUCUUCAGCUCCAGCUUGCGUCGGCCGCACCGCAGCUCCGGUCGAUACGCAGACUCGUCGCCGUCCUCGAUGAGGCCGAUGACACUGGUGUCAUCUGCAAACUUGAGGAGUUUGACAGCCGGAUUAGCGUGGAGUUCGUUCACAGCGUGCAUGGCCUCCUCCGUCACCACCAUCAACCGCUACACCAAAACCAUUCUGGAGUUCAAGCACAAGCGAAGGAACAUUGAGAAGAACUUAAAGAUCAAGCAGAAGCUGUUGGAGCUCGACGCUCCCGAGCAGGUGUGGGACAUGUACAUCAGCUCGGUGCCAAGUACUGCGGAGGAGCUGCUGGACCUUUCGUCCAACGGCCGCAAACUCUCCAACGCUUCCAUCUUCUUGGACCUCAACGACCUGCCUGACCCUCAGAGGGAGGAGUACUGUUAGAGGAGCUAUUUAGAGAUGAAAAACAUCAACAAGACAGAUGAGUUCCUAUUAUUGGGGGCCUAAAAGAAGUACUAACAACCCCCCAGCCCCCAAUCAUAACAUUGCUGUCUGACAGAAAAUGUGUAUCUCCAUUUAUCCUAAAAGCGAGAAAAAUACAACUUGCCCGUUAUAAUAGCAGUAAGCAGAAUUGUUGACGCUAUAGUUGAUCAAAACUAAUACAGUCAUUCAUAAAUAAUCUAUUGAACUGAAGAAUAAAAGAGUCUUCUUGCAGUUUAAGCAUACAAAAAAAUGGAAAUGUCUGAACACAAAAAUAGGCAAAGCUCUCAUCAUUGUACCAUGAAAAUAUAGUUUGAUGAUUACGUUUUACCGGACGGCCCAAAUUGGGAGCGACCCUGCGUAUUGAUGCUGCACCGUAACAGACACCGAUGCAAUACAAAGCAGCAAAAUGUACAAGAUUUCUUGAGCAUCUGUUAGCUGACGAGGCUAAGGUGAGCGUUCAGUCUUCAAGAUGUACAAAGUAGACCGUGUGACGACAACAAUUGGGCGUGAGACAAAGACCUCAGUGAUGGCCGGUCCACCAAUGAAAUAAGCAGCUAAAGGUUGCCAUGACUACACACGCACGUCAUUCAUUUGAUCAACCCAACAUUUGUUAGUGUUCGAUAAUAAAGCGCACACAUGACCGCACUGAAAUAUUAUAUAAGGCUUUUGCAAUUUUGUGACUGCACGUAUGGGCUUUUGAUGCAGUGGGAUGAGCAAGAAUUUCAAUUGAAAGUGUCAAAAAGAAAUACCUAUAAAAAUGUCCUGUUUGUAAGACAGUUUUUUUGCGAGCAGGCAUUUCUCUGUAUAGCAUCAAAUCAUGCUCUCCGACUUGAAGUCCAGUUGUUAACUCGAACAAUAGACUCAACGUGCCUCAGCACCGAUUCGCUGACGCUGUAUUGCUCCAUGUGCUCACCCAAAUGGCCCAUUCGCCGGAUAAAGUGUAAAUAUACUCGAGCAACGCACCUGUGCUGUAAUACUGCGCCCGUGAGCCGAAGCACGAGUGGUUUUACAUACUGAUCCCAUCAUAAAGUCAUUCGAUUGAGUUGGACGACGUCAUGCGAUCUAUUUCAACAUCAUCAUAUUCGCAGAUCAAAACAACCACAAUAAAGACAGUACGGUAAUUCAUGUACGAGGCAAACUAAACACUUCUUGGCGAUAACGGCAGCAGCGCUUUAUCGGGCAAGAAACAAUACAAGGCAGUGGAACGCCGAUCUGAGGAGAGUUCUCAUUUAAAUGGGACACAACCAAAUGGAAAUGACCCAUAAUAGGCUCAGGCUGCAGCACUGUGCAAAGUCACGAAAGGACACAUUUGUGUCAGCCAUGCUGGAAUGGAAACGCUCGCCCUAUAAACCGCUGCGGAACCUUGCUCGGUUUAAGCAGAGCCGAUACUUACAGCGGGCGUGUCACGCUCGUUCUUGUCGCGGGCCGCAUUGUCGGUACGCUUGAAUCCCCUCGUCAUACAAUUACAGCGACACAACAAAUGGAUGGAUCGCUAGCUUAGAAAUCAGAAGUCAACGAUAAUAGUUUGUUCAACUAUUGCAGUAGUUACUGUAAAAAAAAAAAAAAAUCAUAAUAAUAAUAAUAAUAAUGCUUGCAAUAUCUCUAGUGGUAUUAUUUAUUACAUGUGACAAUUUAACAUUUCGGCACAGAGCUGUGCGAGAAUCACGGAAGCUGCCGCGCAUGAUUUGCUUUCGCAGGCCACUUAAAAUGAUGCAGCGGGCCGGACCUGGCCCCCGGGCCUGGAGUUCCGCAGCUCCAAAACGCACGGCUUCCACGUAUUGCUCAACUUCGGCGCCGGCGCGCCGUUCAUCGCCUGUCCUCUGCCGAGGAUACUUUCAGGAUGAUGCAUGUGCGUUGCAGUUUUUUCUUCAUGAUAUUGAAGAGUUGCAGCCCGUGACAUACAGCGUCGAUGAGGAUGCGCAAAAAAAGGUGGUUGAAGGUUUUGGUUUUUAUUGGAUACGAGUAGUGCAGAACUGCUGUGAGUGGCUCAAGGUGAGGUCUUGUAGUGACAGAGCUCGAGUCUUAUCAGAAUAUACAGUUAGUAAAUACUUUAGUUAUAAGAGUGCAAAUGUAUAUUUUUCAAAAAUGCCGACUAUGGCGGCGGAUGUCUUUGCAGGCCGUGUCGCAGCAGGACGCUUUCCGUCAAAGGUUCUUGUUCGUUUCUUCUCCUCGGAUACCAAUUGCAAGAAGACAUGCAGCAGCUGUGCAAACUGCCAAAAAAUCAUCAGUGAAGGGUUACAUUCUGCGUCAGCCUGACAUAACGCGUUACUGUAUAAAUAUAGAAAGUGUGAACCACAACCCAGUCAUUUUAAGUGCAUUUGAAAGAACAUGUGCGGCUGCGUGUGUCUAAAUAUGGAAAUAUAACUUUGUUGUAUAUCUUGGUUUGAUUCUAAAUUCUAUUUUAAAGGACUGAGCACUAAAGCAUGUUUUGUCUAAAUGUACAAUGUUUGUGGCACUUUUUGUGUACAUGUCCUUUGGUUCAACAAUUUGUGGAUAACAUAUUUGCAGUAUAAAGUUGAAUUUGUUCACAUAUUGGCCA